CGCGGUGCUGGCUGGUUGGUGGAUUUAGUUUAUGUUCUUGAUAAAUAAGGAUACAAAACUGAUUUUAGAGCAUACUAGUUUCUAGAGUCACUGCAGUGUUGUGCUGUAUCGGGAGAACUACCCAAGUGGAGACUUUGCUGAUGCAUCUUUGCGCGAGCAUCCAUCUCUUGGCGAUUACAAAUAACAUACACAAAGCUGGGGAGACGGUCUACAUCAGCUUUCAGAAAACACACAUCGCUUUUUUCCUCUGAAGCUUGUUGUAGCUGGAAAUUUCUUGGAGAUAGGUUACUAGAGGCACAGAUAUAGCUUACUUUUUGAUAUUCUCACCUUAUAGUUGAGGCAAGCAAAUAGAGGUCGACCACCAACCACAACAGCAUUUCGAGUGGAGUUGAAUUUCCGUGGGCAUCACUAUUUCGCACGGAGCAAGGAGUAUUUGACAUUCAAGUUUUUGUGGAAGUUGCGCACUGACGGAAAAUGGGCAUUUGUGGUUAUUUUGUGGCGCCUUGGAAAUGCCUUGUUGUCCUCGGUGUAAGACUGUUAUUCCUUGUACCUGCAGGAGUGCCAGCGAGGAGCGGGGAUUCUUUUUCUAAGGACAACAUCACUGUCAGACAAGGGGACAGUGCCGUCUUAAAAUGUACUGUGGAUAGCAAGGUAUCGCGGGUGGCUUGGCUCAACCGCACCACCAUUCUCUACGCGGGGGCUGACAAGUGGUCUCUGGACCCUCGAGUGGUCCGAAUGGACAACACACCCGUGACAGAGUACAGCAUAAAGAUCCAGAAUGUGAAUGUACACGACGAGGGGCCCUACGUGUGCUCCAUCCUCACAAGCAACAAACCCAAAUCAUCCAAAGUGCAUCUCAUCGUUCAAGUACCUGCGAAGAUCACAAACAUAUCGACGGACAUCACAGUGAACGAGGGCAGCAAUGUAACUCUCAUGUGUCUGGCCAUUGGACGACCAGAGCCUAACAUCAUAUGGAAACAUCGCUCUGCAAAAGGACACAAAUUUGUCACUGAAGGGGAAUAUGUUGAUAUGACAGCGAUCACUAAAGAACAGUCGGGAUCAUAUGAAUGCAUCUCCUCCAAUGACAUCUCAGCCCCAGAUGUGAAGACAGUGAACGUCACAGUCAAUUAUGCUCCCUUCAUUUUGAAGGCUGGGAGUACAGGUACCCCAGUGGGCCAGAAAGGGGUGCUCCAAUGUGAGGCCUCUGCUGUUCCUGGUGCAGAUUUUGAGUGGUACAAAGAGGACCGCAGACUCCUAAAUGGACUGAAUGGGAUUAAGAUAGAGAACCAAGGUAAACAAUCCAUGCUUAUGUUUUUGAAUGUUUCUGAAGAGGACUAUGGAAACUACACGUGUGUGGCCAUGAACACCAUGGGGAUCACCAAUGCAAGUAUAAUCCUCUAUGGUCCCGGGACUAUGAUGCAUGAUGUGAACAGGGCUGCCCUGUCGCCCCACUGCUCCUUUUGCCUCCUGCUGACUGUUUUCUUGUUGUUCCUGCUCAAGUUUUGAUGCAACACGGUUCAUCCUCAGCUUUACUCAGCACUGAACAACAACAAGACUCUUGGUCCCAGAAGAAGAAAAGUAUCAAAAGGAACUACCAAUAAAAUCAUUGGUUCACUCUUCUUUCUUUUUUUUUGGUGUGCAUUGGCGGUAUGUCUUCAUUUGGACAAAAACCAGAAGACGUGACACGUCUAGGGUGGUGGGGAGGGAGAGGGUCGACAUGGAUGCUGAUCUGAGGUGAUGGUAGUACUACAGAGUUUGUGUCAAUCUAAACUUUUAUAUGUAAAAAAGGGAAACAAAAAGUUCAUGUAUGUGUUGAUAGUUGACUGGUUUUACCCAAAUAUUGAGGUGUACAUUCGGAUUACUGGUGUGUCAUGUCCUGUUUGAUCUCUGUACAAUAACAUACGUUUUUCUUAAGUAAACAACAAAAAAAUGAAAA